AUGGCAACUGCCAUUGCAGUUAACGAGACAGGCGAAAAGGAAUUGCUGUUCCAGAAUCUGCUGGGAUCCACUGUGAACAUUCUGGAUCGGCCGAAUAUUUUCGACAUCGACUGUGUCGUCAAAGCCCGGAAGGAUUACGUCGUUCUCGACCUGGCUACCACGACAAAGAAAGUCUCGGUCCCUGGUGUAGAUCAACAAGUCUUGAUCAGAAACAAUGUCGAGCUCAUCAGCAAUGGCAACGGGACCGAGCUCAAUGAAGUGGAGGUUAAGACUGGAAGUCAGCUGAUCGAAUCGUUCAAGGCCGACGUCAACGCCACAGGCAAGUAUGCUGCCAUGUCGGUGGAGGCGGGUGGAGGCUACAGCUAUGAGGCUACCAUCGAUAAGAGUUCGAUGUAUGCCGUGAUGUCGAUUGAGCAGAAUCAAUUCUACACCUACCUGUACCUCCCGCUAGGCCGAGAACAGUCCAGCUUGAACGCAGACUUUCUCGCAGCAGUCAAUAAGCUACCGGCAUGGCAGCAGAAAGACGAGGGCGUCACGCAGGCGUACCGAGCUUUCUUCGAUACCUUUGGCACUCACGUCAUUCUUCGAUGCCAGUACGGCUGCCGGUUCAGCUUGGAGACGCACACGAGCAACGCAGCCUUCAAGAGCCAGAAAGAUUACAAGGCCAACGUGAAGGCAGAGUUUGGAGCGAACUUUAGCGCCAGCAGCAGUGUCGCAAAGACGUCGACUUUCAGCGAAUAUCAAGACACACGGACGAUUACAUCCAAAGUGAUGGGUGGGGACAAGACAAGCUCCAUGAAGCUUCAACAUGACCCCGGCGAUAAGACGGCUUAUUAUGGCUGGGCAGAGUCAAUCAAUGAGGUGAACUGUUCCGCCGUGACUAGCGUCAGGACCGAAGGGCUGGGGACGCUACUUGAUCGUUGUGGCGUACCCCAGGGGAAAGACUUGACCAAGGCGCUCAAGUGUUUCACGCUGGGGCCCGAGUCGGAGCCUAUCUUGGUUCAUGGCGUCCUAUCCUCCGAUCGUCCGUCCUUCAACAACUACCUCACGUUUCGGUGCUGGGGCGAUGGGCUCACCGAGUUUGAACUAACCGCCCUGGCUGGGAGUGAGGUAAAGGAGGACUCAGAGGACCCUUCUGCCCGCAGUCUGUCUGGGCUACAGUUAGCCGACAAGCCUGCUGUGAAACAUUUUGCUGCGCAGGUGAGAAUCUCGGGUGUAACAGGAAGACCGUUCUCAGUGGGGAUUUAUACGCCGGAUACUGUGAAACCUAGUAUUCGCCUGACGCUGUACCCCCCCUCUGGGCCCAUCGAGAUCACGUUUGACAAGUCCGAAAAUUGGGAUUCGUGCACAAUCCCAAGCCUGCUUGCAUCGGGGAAAUAUACAUCUAAGUAAAGGGCUUGGUAGUUCAAUCAACAGGAGAAUCUGAUACAUUCAAGGUGGAUCAUCGUCAUAUGAUCUACUGCAUUGGAAUCCCGAAGAGAACAAAGUUGAUUGAAUCAUGCUGGGCCAUGAUAGAGCAAAGAACUGAAGGAUGAGAGAGCUGAAGAAAGCACGAUCUCUCCACUUAGUCCUGUG